AUGCUCUCAGAACAUCAAAAGGAGUUGAGCCGGAAUGUCUUCGAAUACAUGGACCCUAGUUUUCGAUUCCAUCUCUCCUUACACCUGCCUGCUCUCCGUUCAGUCGAAAAAGAAGCUCGUCUAAAUAUCAACCAACUAGUUUUUGAAGACAAUCAAUUGUUCAUCGAGAACAAAACGAAAUAUGAGCUCAAAAUUGAUCGAAAAUAUGCAAUUGAAGAUCGCCCGUUCAGAAUCAACAAGAUUCAUGAUGAAAAUGAAUUUGGAUUUCCAGCAAACACAAACUGUAUAAUGAUGAAUGGAGAUGUUUGUAUGGAAAACGAAAAUAGCAGGUCAACGAGAGCAUAUGAAAGACUGAUGGAGACUGUGAAAGAGAAGGAGCCACCUGAAUGCAAAUCCACUUUAAAAUUGACAUACAUUACUGGAUAUGGAGAGAUAAGGAUUUACACAAGUUCAACAAUUACAACAAUUUAUGAAGGAAUAAAAGUGUUGAUUCAAUCCAUCAAAAUUUCAAUGGGUCAAUCAUCUAUUCUAUCCGUCUCCUAUGGCAAUUCAAUACUCCAUGAUGCUGGUAGCCGACGAGAGAUUUGGAUUGUGAAAAUGGAAGUGCUCCGCCGAUAA